AGGACAGAGUCUUGGUGGUAUUGUCUUCCUUCUCCAUACCGAAAUUCUAAUAGGGUGUAAAUACACAAGCACAUUGAAGGGAAUACAUACAUGUUAAAGCAUAUGUUAUGUUUAAAGUAUUGCAUGGGAGAGGUGUUUGGUUCAGUCGCAAGAAUACUCGAAUAUUUCAAAUAGCCACCACUGUCUCUGUAAAACCACUCCUGAAGAUAAACUGGGUACGGCCGGCUUUGGUUAGAGGUGUACAUUUUACAAAACUAUAUGACAAGAAAAAAAAAAGGCAACGGGUGAUUCAUUGCUGUUCUGAAUGCACGUUCCAAAUUCGUGCCGCAGUUUAUGUGCCUUUUCCUUCCUUCUUUUUCAUUUUUAACCUUCCGUCUCUCAGAUGCACCAGCUGUGACUGGGUUCGACUCUACCGGUCAAAAAAAAAAAAAAAAAAAAAACAAGAGGAGUGGCGGUUGUGAUCUCUAACGAUGGCACUUAUUGUGCGCAAACUUUUUUAACAUGGGUGUUUAUACGUAUGGGGGGAUGGAAAAUGGAGGCGCCGACUGCGGUUCGGCAGGCGAUGUUGUGCGGCACCUCACAAAAGCGUUCGCGGAAGGCGGUGCAGUAGACCCCUGGGCAGACGGCGGGAGAAAGAGGGCGAGGGAAACUGAAAGACAGGGCGGGCCGCUCACCACAUAGAAAGACGUGCGCUUACGAAUAAGCGCGGCCACGCAUACGCCUUUCUUUGUCUGCACGCGCUUCACGCCGGCUGCUCUUGGACGACGUGUAAUUUGCUCACCACAGCGCGGCGCGCCCAGCGCCGCAGCUCCUUACGUCCAUAAUCGCACGCGCAUACGCAUACGUAUGGCACCGUCGGCUUCGCUGGCAGCAUAAUUGAGAGCGUACGCGCGCACACACACACACAUGCACACGGCGCUAGAAAGAUCGCGCGGCCAGCCCGGGUGUGCGAACCCCUACACGUGGCGAGUACAUAUGCGAGCUGCCCUAUUCUCGGAGUCAUGCUCCUAGGGCCGUCAGCCUCAACAAGCGGCCUGGACGGCUGGACAGCUAUAGCCUGCGCACGCCUGACGCGCGGAGGGCAGGGACAGUCGAACGAACGCGCGACGCACGCAAGCAGCGGUUGAAACACGUGAGAGCGCGAGCGGCUGCGACGACGCGGCGGCAGCACUGCCUGCCGCUGGGGCCCCCUUGUUCCUUCCGGAGCCGGGGUGCCGCGCGACCGCCCGCUAUCGAAACACCUGCUGCCGCCGCCGCCGCCGCCGCUGCUGCUGCUGCUGUUACUGCUGUUGUGGCUGCAGGCCCGAGCCCAUCUCGCUUGGCUCGAGCGCUCGCGCUGUGUGUAGUGGUGCCGUCGUGUGCGGUUGCGACGGCGACCCCGACGUCCUCUUCGAAGUGAGCGAGCCGCGUCUUCCGCGCGCGGCUCGAUGCGUCGUCCGCGCGGGGGCCCCUCGCCGGCUGUUGGUGCCAGGCAGGCAAGGACGACGACCACGCCAGCAGGAUGUGCGACGCCGACGGCGAAUCGUCGCCUCCGCCGCGGAAACCGCCGCUGUCGCGAGCGCAGUCCAUCGUGGACGAACUGUUGGACGAGAUUAACGUGGGCCUCCACAAGCAGAGGCCCGCGCGCCGCUUCAGCGCCGACAGCGACGCCUGCGCUACCGACUGUUCGGUCCUCAGUGCGGCCAGCAUCAGGGCCGAAGUCAGGUGCUACUCGAGGCAGCAGCUCGCGGCCAAAGAUGAGCCAGAGCUCCGUCGGAUCGCGAAGCAACUGCAGGAGGUCAUUGUGAAACUCAACUCGACGCUGGUGACCCUCCUGCGACAGCGAGACCGGCAGCUGAACCGCAGGGGCCACCACUACGACCUCGUCACGGCCGUCCUGCAGGCGGUGUCGCUCAAGAGACGCGUGGACACUCGCAUGCGCUUCAGCCUGGAGCCAGGACGCGGCGAAUCGGGCUUCGCCCAAUGGAUGGACGCCACAAAAAUCGUCGUCCGGCUACCCGACGGCAUUCCGGCAGAGUUCCGAAAGAAGAUCUGGCUGACGCUAGCGGAACGCUACCUAGCGAGUCGGGACCUGGACUGGGAGGCGACGGCGCGGUUCUGCUUCAACGAACGCUGCAACCCUGACGACGACAACCUUGGCGUGCAAAUUGUCAAGGACCUCCACCGUACGGGUUGCAGCCUGUUCAGCGGCGAACAAGCGGAGCAGAACCAGGCGCUACUCAAGCGGGUCCUGCUGGCGUACGCGCGUUGGAACAAGUCCGUGGGUUACUGCCAGGGCUUCAACCUGCUCGCCGCCUUCGUCCUGGAGGUGGUGGAGUGGUGCGACCAGGAUGCGCUCAAGAUGAUGAUCUACCUGGUGGAAGGCGUGCUUCCGGAGGGAUACUUCGCCAACAACCUUCGCGGCCUGUCCGUCGACAUGGCCGUGUUUCGCGAGCUCCUCCGGUUGAGGCACAGCAACUUGGCCACGCAUCUCGACAGGCUUCAGGCAGGGGAGAGCAAGGCCGGUCUGAACUACGAGCCCCCGCUGACGAACGUGUUCACGAUGCAGUGGUUCCUGACGCUGUUCACCACGUGCCUUCCGCGUUCGCUGGUAGUGCGCGUGUGGGACCUCAUCCUGCUGGAAGGAAACGAGGUGCUCCUGCGCACCGCCAUCACCAUCUGGGAGGGGCUCGCAGACCGCAUCAUGACCGUGGGAAGCGCGGACGAGUUCUACAGUGUGAUGGGCGUGCUCACCCGGGAGAUGGUCGAGUUCGGCGUCAAGGACCCCCACGAAUUCAUCGUGGCCAUCUGCGACGUGUCCAGGGUGCCUAUCCCGCAGCUCUCCGAGUUGCGCGACCGCUACACGUACAACAUCAGGCCCCUGCCGCCUCCGACGGCGCCGAGCCGCCACGGGCUCUGGCUCUUCCUGGGUGACGACGAGGACAACGACGCGGACUCGGACCACCAGAUGAUGGUGGCGGCUGCCUUCUGCGGCAUCUCGAACGCCUUUCUCGUGGCUAAGAACAGAGGCCAGGGAGCCGUCCACGCUUCCCUGCCUAGCCCCUUGGACCCGAGCCGGAUGACACUGGACAUCUCGACACUCAAGAGACAGUACUCGAGACUCAGACAGCGGCAACGCCAAGCGCACAUCAUUCUCACGAGCAGCCUCCAGGCUCCCGCCUCGGCGCGCCCCCAUAGGCUAUCGACCGGUGUUCCCGUAAACAACCUUCUGGCCGGCCAGAAGCCAAUCGUACGUAGGUCACGGCCGCCGCCUCCGACGCACGCUGUGCCCAGCGGCUUGCCGGCCAGCUACACGACAACACUGGCGAGUGGAGCCACAACUACGACACGAGUGUCCUCUCGUCUCGCCGUACCGGUUUCGACGACAUCGAGCACAUCGCCUUCGAGCUCGCCAGUUGCCAGCGCCCGUUCCGCUUCAGCCGCCGCCGCGUGUAAGGCCGCGCGAAAGGCGUCGCCUCGAGUGACAACGAGAGAUCCAAUCCCCGUCGAAACGCUUUCGUGGGAGCAAGCCAAGAAGCUCAAGGCUGGGAGAGACGACAGUAGCAGCAGCUCGAGUUCUUCGUCUACAGAACUCUGCGACGACAAGAACAACAGGUCUUCGUCGCCCGACGAAGCGCCUCCCGUCAGGAAGGGAAGCGCCGAGAAACAAGUCAACGACGCCGACUCGAAGGUCCCGCCGUCUAUGCCGGAAAAGAAGCCCUCGCGCCGGUUAAAGAACGGAACUUACGACGACACUUCCGACAGUUCAUUGUCAUCUUCGUCGUCCUCCGAGGAGGACGAAUGCCGCGACAGGCGGGCCAAGCGUCGCCACGAUGGUCACGACGCUGAGAGCGCGCAGCCGAAGCCUCCGCGACGUCUGGCUGAAGGGCCUAAGCCCGUUGCGAAUGCCGCGACAAGAAAGUCGGGUGCCCGCGCUGCCUUGGUGAGGCACCGGGAACCGAUAAGUCUAGACGAUGACGACGACGGUUCCUACAAACCGGAUGACGAGAGCGACGGCUCAAGAAACUCUUCGUCGGUCAGCUUGUCUUCAGAAGAAGAAGAGGAGGAGGAGCAACCUUGCUCGAAGGUGGAAACUGUCAGUUCUUUAGCAGAGGUGUCUUCUGCGAUAGAUGACUCGUCGCGCUCUUUAGGAGAGGAACGUCCACAAAAGCACGCCCCCGACUCCCUAAGUUCGGAGACAGAAAGCUCGAGAAACACGUUCUCCAACAUGGUGCUCUCCGGUUCGGACAAAUACAACAUUAGGACGUCCUCCGAGGCGUCGAGCUGGAAAUCUUCAAGUGACGCCUGUCUAACGACGUCCUCGUCGAGCGGACCGCCACCGCCGUCGGAAACCGGUAGCCGGAAGCCAUCUGACGAACGUGCAAAUAACUGCAAAAUUUCGGACGAAGAGUUCCAGAGGUUGUCCAAAAAGUUCAGCCAGUCGGCGCUCUCCGAUCGGCAGGCUCAGCGAAUGGCACUGCGAAACACCAGCCGACGAGGAACUGACGAACUGGGUUCGCAGCGGCUCUCGCCCAACAUUGACAGGUCCUCCUCAGAGGACGUGGACAGGAAGCUCUCGCUAGGGUCUCCGCCGCGGUGGCCACCGAAGCGCACCAAUACCUCGGACGAAACGAGCGGCGACUCGCCUUCAACGGAACUGGACAGGUUUCGCAGGGACUCCAGCAAACGGGGUUCGGCGAGUAGCGAGGUCAGCGUGUCCUCGCGAGAACUGAGAAAAUGGUCCUACUACAAGUACGACAGCAGGAACACUUCUAACGACGUCAGCUGGAGAUCGUCUGACACCGACUACCAACAGUCGUCACUUCGUUACGAGAGGUCCAUCUCGGAAGAGGCUGACGAUGGCGACGCAGCAGCCGGAGACGGCGUACCUCUCAGACCUCGCCUAAUGAGAGACGACAGGACAUGCUCGUUCAGGGCCAGCCAGGAAUCUAUCGAUAGCCGGCUGCUGCCCUACGACUCGUCGUCAGGCCGAGAGUCGAUAUUCCCCGGCGAGAAGCGACGCGGCUCAUCGCUCACCUGCAACACGCUCACAACGCUGAACGAAAUGACGUUCGAGAAAGCCGACGAGGACCUUAGUCAGGAAGCCAGCCAAGAAGCCAGCCAUGAGGUGAGCCAAGACUGUGUUAAGUACAGCGAAUCGAGCACUUCGAGCUCGCACCUAAUGUCUCCUAACAAGGAACUUCGAAGAUCGGCAUUUUUGCUGGGACAGGAGGUGUCCCCGGACUCUGGCGUGCACACUGUGGCCGACAACGAGAGUAAAGCGGCCAUGGACGAGGCUUCCGGGGACCACGACUCGGCGCAAGCGCCUUCCGGAUAUCCGCGGUCUCCUGAAGGGGCACCCCGCAAGUCCUCGCUCAAGUUCGACGCCUCCAAGUUCUUCGAGAGUCUGGCUCACGCGACAUCGACGACGCGAGGUGCCCGCUGUGCGUCCGAGGGCUCAGCGACGGCGCUGGGAGCUCACUCCGGCGAAGAAUCGGCUAGGCCUAAGACCGCUCGGUCACUGAGCACAGACGCCACCAUGAUGACCCCAGGACAGUCUUGUGGCUCGGGUGUGGUCGGCGGCGACGGGACUACGACGACGUCGCUUCCGUCGAUUCGGCGACAGAGAUUUCUUUCAGGUGACGUCGGCGACACGCGGGUCACUCCUCCGACUUCACCGAGGCGUUCGCUGGGCGAGAACUACAACCCGUUCCCCACGCGAAGACCCUCGUUCACCGGCUGCAUCAGCGACUUCAAGGUGAAGUUGGGAUUGUACUCUUCGCAGGACAAGCCGGCAAUGGCCCCGGCUUCGAAUGGUUGUAAGACGACUUCCGUGAAGAGGUAACCAACAGCCCAAGAUGCAUUCCGUUUUAGGUCGCCGGGUGCCGAGUGCGCGAGGAUGCGCGCGUGCGUGAGCCUUCGCAGCGGCUGUACUGUGCCGCGCUGACCUCUCUCUUAUCAUACUGCCGUGUGGGAUCCUCUUACGCUAAGACGCUGUGGGCAACGCAAGAAACAAAAACAAAGAGCUAACGCCGAGAACUUCACAACGAAGUUUUGGCUGCAGUGCCUGGACGUGUUUACAGGGAUGCCUGAUUACCUGUGCUCCAUUUUCUUUCUGUUCCCGCGUCCUUUCAUUUUUGUUGCUGUUCUCUUUCGUGUUGUGUCUGCGAAAAUGUUGGCCGGAUGUCUCGCAUAGACAAACUAUCAUUAUCCGCGAAUGACGUGGCGGUCGUUCUUAUUGAGUGCUUCAAGUUCAAUCACCGACGCUAACCGCGUCUGCUCGCUCGUAACAGGUUGUCGAUUAUCUCCAUUUCCCAGCUGCCAUACCAAAUUGAUUGUUGACUUUUCGCGAAAUCUCUGCUGAUCGCUGGCCUCUCUUUUAUAUGCAUAUAUAUAUCUUCCAUUUGUGGGAUGGAUGGCGCAACGUUAAGCUGUUACGGAUGUUGGAUGGCUGCACUGAGGCAGCACAUCGCCAUUGUCUUUGUUUAUAGUCCAUCACUGAUAGCGUGGUAGACGUUUACUGUGGCUUUUAAAGUAAUGUGCGCCUGCGGAACUCUGUCUCCAAAUGCGUCACAAACUCCUACGGCACGCCGACGUCGUGUUGCCUAACCUUGCCGAACCGAUUGCUGUCAUGAGACGAGCGUAACGCGUUAACGGGCUUCAGAAUCGUGGCAAAUAUCGGCCAAUCACUCAGUAACAGAAAGGAUAAGCUUAGGAGUGUUUUCGAAGUUCCGAGUGACACGAAGUCAUGAAGAAAGCAUAUUGAAAGAUUUAUUAUACUUCAAGUCUUCUGACAGGUGAAUAAUCAUAUGACAAGAUGAGAAUGUGUCAGCCACAAGAUGACGUCGAAAAUACGGCGAGGUCCGGAGGAAGGGGGAGGUGAAAGGAAGGGAAUGGGGGGGGGGGGGCUUGAAUCUGCCCUAAAUGUACACAGAUUACUGAUUUGAGGAAAAAGGCGAAUGAAUGCUUGUAUUCUAAUGAAAGUCAUUCAUAGCAUUUCUGAUGUGAUAUGCAUUCAUAAUUCAUAUUGUGGCGUACUUUGUCGAACUUUUACGAACCUACAAAUAUAGUGACUUGCAACUGAAUUUGAUUUGUUAUUUUUAUUAUUUUCAUUUUUUGAUUCCUCUUGUUUGCUUUCAGCAGCCUUCAGAACUUUAAGCGGGUUUGAAGAGCUCUCCUUGUGGCAAAUCAGUUCCGCGGGAAUAAGUUUCAUUAACCUUGAAAUCACAGCAAACGUGCUGCACUCUUAAGAAAUAUUUGCGCUUACCAGAAUGAACCGUUAGCCGUUUUUCAGGGCAUGUUAAACGGCGGCGUGGCUUCGGAAUAUUGGUGGUGUUAGCUAGUCGUGCGCUUAGAGGAAUUCCUGUGCCACACAGAAGGGACGUGUCCAGCGUGCGCUUAGGCAUUUGGAGACGAUGAUUGCACGCCACGAAUACGUGCACCUCAUCGCAAAGCUAGACAGCGGGCGACUGCCAACGGUGAUCUACAUUCCUGCAAUGUGGCGUACUGAAGCGCAAAUGGCUUCCGUAAGAAUUCAAAAUUCAGUCCUCUGGUAGCUCUGUAACAUUUUCGCCGGCGGUGCUAGACACUUUGCUUCUCGCAUGCACUUAGCCUGCUUGUUCGUGGCUGUUGGUUUAACAUUACGUACUUUAAUUUCUGUUUCACUUCGUUCCUCAUCACAAAGUGAAUACGUGCGAUUUUUAUGUCGGCUCACUUGUGCUCGUUGAGCAAGCCUCGCGUAAGAAAUCGCUCUUCCUCACUUCCAAGGAUCGCUUUGUUCUAAUCCUGGCGUUUUUGAAUGCGUCAAAUUAGUGUUUGUUUGUAUGUUUAUAAACGAACGCUUGUGUGGUGUAUUGAAAUUCAUAAAGAGGUACCGAGCAGUUGCCCCAGAUUGUAACGAGCGCUUAAGCGUUUAAUUAGGCGUGACCGGUAGACGCUACGUUCAAGCUAGGAUUCAUGUGCCACCUACGUCGGGAGUGACGAAUUGGGCUUGCCACGUGAACGCAGCGGAUGAAGCGCUCACAUUGUUUGUUUCUCUGUUAUCGUAUUCUCGCGCACAUUCCAUUUUUGAUGCUAUGCAACUGCUUGUUGAAAGACUAAAUAAACUAUGUGGUGUGUCCCAAAGGGGUCAUGCGGUCAGGUGUUGAUGAGGCUAUGUUUAAAGAUUACUUGAUUAGAAUCGGUUGAUCAUUUCUUCGGCAGGAAGAGAUUACUUAUCAGAUGAGAAAUGCACAGCUGAAAACAGUUUCCUUUUCUGACUUUUCGGACGCCCAAGUUGUGGCAGGGAUGACGUUACGCUGUGACGUCACAGAUUUUGCUACGUGAGAAUUUCCACCUUGUUUUUUUUUUUUUUCUUGCGAUGCAAAAAUGAUUCGCUGCGUAAAUUUUUCUCGUAAGAUAGAAUUCAAUUCUUUUUAAUAACGAAAACUGUUCAGCCUCGUUCUGUAGCGUCUGCAAUUUAUGACGUCACAGUUAGCUGGUUCCUGAAUGCGAGAGUCGCGUCGCCACCGGCUCUUCACUUUUACAUCGGUGGCAUAGGAAGUCAGUACUUGUCAUGGUAGACACCUGCUUUCGCAGAGCGUAUAUGGCUAGAUUAGUCUGCCGACAGACGACAAAUCCUUCUCAUAUGUUGCUUCUGACACUGAAGCACUGACGCUUUGGCUACGUGCCGUGAUGUGAUGCAACUGGAAUUGCGUCGUCGUAUUCAUUCGCGAAGUCGCCCAUCCGGAGCAAAAUAUACGCUAGAAACAGCCCAGCGAUUUCUUUUUCGUGACGACCCAUGGAAGCCUUCACCUUUGCCACAAUAUCUUGCGUAAUACAUCGUCGUUACAUUGAAGCCAAAUAUUACGUUUUACCCUUGAACGUAUUGAGAUUUUGCUGUAGGAGUCACGAAUUCCAUCAUUCCUGUUAAUGGGUAUAAGUUAAUAGCAUUCGUUGGCCGUCUACUUGGGCCGCACAUUUUCCUUUUCAGCUAGUAUUCUUUUGUGGGCUCUUUUAUGUCGCAUCAAAAAUUUCACUUCUGUUGCUUUUAUGUCAUGGUCAAAAGAAAAAAAAAAGCGCGAUCAUUAUGAGUGACAUCUGCGCCCACUAGCAGUUUAUUCUAAGGCAUUAUCACUAGUGUUCACGAGGAGGAUCAGAUCUUUCCAUGUUUCUUACGUUGUGCGAUGACCAAAAGUUGCGUUUUCUUUUCAUUCUUUUUCGUCUCUUCGCUUUUUUUUUCUCUAUUCUUACCACCAGGCAUCGAGAUGUCGCGUUCGGUGUGAGGAGUAUAUACACUUAUGAGGCCAUCUUGACGCUUCAACACACUCUCUCUCAAUGUGAUAUUACAGAUGUCUAUUCGCUACUCUUUAUCCCUCUCUCUUUCUUGAUCUCUCUCUCUCUCUCUCUUGCAUCGCCCAUGUACUGUCACUCUAUUUUCCUGUUCCCGACGUCCCUCUACAGCCACCGUAUAUCGCGAGUCGCCUUGAAAAAUGUAGUGCGUAGCAUGUUAUAAGAACGUCCUUUUAGCGGCGUAUUGAAGAGAGAGAAAAAAUGCCUUGUGUGUAUCGCUCUCGCGAGUGCAAGAGCUCCAGUAAGCUUUCCUCUAUCCUAUAAUUAGACAACCUUUACGAGUUAAAUGAGGCACGAAACUCUCGAAGGCGUCUAUUCGACACCAUUGUAGCAUGGUUUAAUGAUCACAAAACAACGAUGCGCGGAAAACGUUGAUUGACGGCCAGGCUUCUCGACCGGGGCAGGCGUUGACGAUGCAGUCAAAGCGAGCGCCUAGUGGUCACCGCUACGCUAUCUUGAUUCUUCUGAGAAAAGAAAAGAAAAGAAAAGAAAAGAAAAGAAAAGAAAAGAAAAGAAUGGGAAGAAAGCCGCUUAAGUCGUUAUCCGUGGCUGCCGCUUAGCUGUUCGCAAUGCCUAGUGAUGAAAAUAUUGCGGGAUGACAUAACGCCGCUUGAACUACAUGCGCUCGCUUUUUUCCACGUGUCCGAGAUGAUUUCGCUGUACACGUGAAGUGAUCGCCCGAUUUUCUCCGAGGGAGGUUCGCACAGAUAUCAUUGCGCUAGUAGAAAACAUUGCUUGCGAAGGGACGCGUUUUUUUUUUUUUUUUUUUGCAUUCUGUGUGGGAGCAAGACGCUCGUUAUCCUAUGUGAACAGCAACCUGAAAGUGAAUUCGAGCAUGCGUCUCAGUGAGUGGCGGCCAAUAGACGGCUGUCCGGGAUAUUGCAUUGGUUCACCUGACUGGUUACGUUUGCACGCAACCGAGAGGAAUUCAGUGAGGAUGAAGCUUCGGGAGAGUUUAAUUCUGCAUUUUGGUAAAGCUCGGCAUUGCAACUAUAGAUACAAGACGCGGGUGUUUGUAAGUUGCGGUCCAUUGCAUGGUGAGAUCUUGGGGAAAAUAGGCUACUGAAGGGCCGGCUAUCACGAUCAUAAAAACAAAAUGAGCUCCAGCGACUAAGGAAUCUAGGAAAAGAAAAACAAAAGAAACCGUCUUCCCGCUCACUCUAGGUUAAUCAGAGCAAAUCUAGUUACUAUAAUUAGCACCACAGUGGUGUACUCCGGAUCAAUUUCGACCCAGGAUAUCAAUAUAUGUUCAUAGGCACUGGUUUAUCAUAAGGGUGAAAUGAACGCAUGCUUAUCACUUGAUAGUAACCGCAAGCUGCCCGUUAGCUUGGCAUGCGCUGAUAAAGAACCGGUAACCUGCCUAACCUGUUCCCUAUGGCGUAUCUUCUCCUUUUCUCAUAUUUUGUCUUCUUUAUACCAUUGCUGCCAUUUGCUGACAUUCGCCGAGAUUCGCUCCAUGAUGUCGAGAAACCCUCGAUCUGGCACCAUACAAAAAAAUCAAGCACGUAUUGCAGCAAAUGCAAGCGUUUCAGCAUUUCAGCAAAAAUAAUAAUCCGGUGAAAAUUUGUUUUAUAAACCUUGCGCAUUUAGCGUUGCCUCUGAUUUACUCCUACUGGUUCAGAUGACCUCACGUUCGAGGUCCAGGCGUGACCGUGCACGGAGAACUCAUAAACAGGCUUGCCACAUUUGCCGAGUUUCAUCUGGUUGCCGCGCUUGCCGCCUUCUCGUGUCGCGCACCAGUGAGUUUGAAUUUUUCGGAGCGUCGUCUCUGACUGCGCCUGAAUUUAUUCCACACCCCUCGAGCACGUGACCUCACGAGAGUGGUGAGCCCGUUGCAUUGCUGUCUUGCGCCUCCUGUGGAGAUGAGUCCUCCAUAUAUUUGUGCACGCGUGCGUGAGUGUACAUAAUCUCGACCAGGAGCCGCGUCAUCUCGCAUUAUCUCGUCUUCUAGUAGCCGUGUUCCCGUGUGUAUGCUCUCCUUGUGGAUAUUGUAUGGAGAUUGCACGUCGUGGGGUGAGCGCGCAUACUGGAGAAAAAAAAAAAUGAAAGUGUCUACGUGGUGUGUGGUGUAAAUAUAUCGUAUAUAUUUGUACAUAGGCAUAUACAUAUAUUCUAUUUUUCUUGUGCUUCGUUCGCUACUGUACAUAAACACGCUCCUAAAGAAACCGAUGUAAAUUGAGAGAAGUUGGUUGCGUAAAAGGCGAAUAAACAUGCCACAUUUUCUUGUGACGUGUCCUAUCUGA